CGCAGGGGCGGGGGGCGCGUUAGACCGCUGCCAUGAGCAGAGCCCGGGGCCUCGGCUAAAGAGCUUGGCCGCCUCUUUAAGUAAACACCUUGCACCAAAUGUCCCCUCGGAGCACCCUGCCAGCUGUUACCUCCGUUCUUUCUGAAGCAUAACGGGGGGAAAAAAACAAGCAAGGGAAGUUUUAUAUUUAUAUUUUUUUCAGGCAUUUAAAAGAUUCUUCGCCCCCCUCCCCCCCACCCCCCCUGUGCUGGGGGCUGAAAGACAGAGUGCAGCGGGGGAGGAAAGAGAGGGGCAGAGCUGAAAGCGAGCUGUCCGGAGCAUUGCCCCCCUGUGUACCUGGGGGUGCUGAAUGCAAGCUCUGCGGAGCUCCUCCAAGCGUAGCAGCAGCUCGGCAGAUGUAGAUGUGUGCAUGCUUAACCCUUUCUUGGCCCUUCGGAUUUAUACCAUGCUGAAGAUCCUCACCAAAAAGCUCAGGAACCAGAGUUUGAAUGAAAUCCAACCUUUCCAGCUAAAGAUGCUUGUGGAACAGCCAGUCGCAAACUGGACUUCGGUGUUUUCAGCUUCCUCGUAAUCUGUCUGUCAACCAUGCAGAUCUCCUACCCCCCAAGUGACGAGGACAGCGACGACUCUGAGGGGGAGAACCAGGAACUUGCUCAGAUUGACAGAGAGAGAAGACGGAAUUGUACCUUAACCCCUCUGGCCACCAACCAGCUUCAGAAUCAGGAGAAUCAAUGCUGCAAGGUUCGGGCCCUUUUCCAUGCCAGCCUGGAUCGCCACAGCUCGGAAGAGGAGCUGGAGCGUAUCAAUCGAGAAUUCGCUGCUGAGAAACGAAAGUGGUCCCAGGUCAGCAGGCUUACCUGCUGCAGUGACAGCAACAACACAUCCUCCAGUGAUGAAGAAGUGAAGAACUUGUGUGCCAUGUCCUUCCGGCCUGUAGCAGAACAGGCCGAUAGCUUACACGCGAGCCCGAGCCCCGUGCUGUUCAGUGCCUCCCCUCCUAAGAGACUGCAGCCCCUGGUGCGGAACCCAGCCUCCAGACCUUUAAUCUUCACAAGCGUUGGGGCAGGCUUUGAGCAAGUCAUGCCUUGUAAGAGACAUCGACAAGGAUAUGGGGAUAAGGUCAGCAGGCCCAGCCUGGACCUGGAAAAAAUGCAGCAGAAGAUGCUGCUUAAGAAGAAUUGUGGAGCGAAGACUAGAGUUAUUAAGAUUCGUAGCGUCAAUGGAGGCCGCCCGCCACCCCACUUUGUGUAUGAUCCGUCCACCUUUGCCUUCCGUUCCCUCAGCACCUUGAAGCCGCUGAGCCCGAUAGCUCCAGUGGAAGAACCGUCAUGUGCCUACUGAAGGAGUUUCUCCAAAAACCUCAGGAACUGUCAACCAACGGCCUGCCUGGCAGGGAGAAGGGGAGGGGGUGAUGCCCACGGGGAUGGGUGGGGGGAGAAGGGGGCAGUGGCACAUCUUUGCAGUACAACCUCUCUGGCAGCAGGAAACAGAUGGCUCUGCAGCAGUGCCUGGUUUCAUACCAUCACCACAUCUGUGUGGUGGCAAAUGGAGAGAUUUAUUUUUCAGGGCAAAAUGAGCCAGUCAGGUUCACAAACCACACAGGCAGUGUCAAACAUGUGGGUGUGGUAUUUGAAGAUAUCCGUGAGGGGUUCAGUGGCUGUCAUGGCCUACAUGGUAGCAGUGAUGAGGAGUCAGGUUGUGAAAGCAAGUCCAGUUGGUUUCCCAGGAGCCUACAGUGGCCUACAAUGGUUGACUACAGAGAAAACCUUUGUCCUACUCAGAAACGAUCUCAGGAUUGGAGAUAGAUGUUAGACAAGGCAGCCUGCAAAGCAAGGAAGGUGCCUCUUUCAGAUUAUGAAAAUUGCAUUCACUUUAAGCUCUCCUGAGUAGAAGACUGGGAGACGGAGGUGGAGGGGGUAACUGGCAAAUCUGUAGGUGCGUGUCCCAGUUGGUGUGCUGACAACUCACUGAGCUCAUCUAAAAAUGGAUUGAAAUGAGAGGCACGAGCAGAUGAAGGGUCUGUGUUCGGCCAUCCAGGGAAGCACAGCACUUGCCUUCAGUCCUCUCGUGGCACUGUCAGACAGAAGGCCUUAGGGGUGACUCUGUGUUCUUGGGUGUCAUCUCUAUUGAGGCUGUCUCUGUUCUAGGAUAUGCAACAUUUGUCCGUAGCAUUGUCCCUAUACCCUGCUGCCCGCAAGUGAUGCUGACUGUAGCGGGCAUCACCAAACUCAACCAAAUCAAAUGUCUCGGGCAAGCCUUCCAAGCUCCUGUUAUGCUGGCUCUUGGAGCAGGUAUACCCAGAUGUAGCAUGAAGUGGGAGAAUGGGGGUCUCUGACUUGUAGCCAUCUAUUGGUAGAAGAAACAGGAGGAAAGUUUGGAUGAUGCCGUGGACCACUUACUUUCUGUAGAUACAGUCCUAAGGCAGUUAGGACCGUGCUAGGCCUCGUUGCCACUGGAAUUUGACUGGGUUCUGGCUUAGAGAUACAUGCAUGCCUUGUGCUACAAGGCAGCAGCUAAUGGGAGAAGCUCUCACCUCUCUUGGUGAGGCAGAGGAACAAGGUAUUUCCCCUUUCUGCACCUGAUCAGUCCUUGUUGCCAGCUUCUGGUGAAGGGAGUAACCUCUUCCUCUACGCGUUCUCCACCUUGAGCCUGUAUCUGGCUGGGUGCAAGGGAGAGCAAGUAGUUUAUUCCUUGUCAGGAUCAAGAGGAGCAACUGUAAGAGAAAUCAAUUUUAUUUUUAAAUACGCUCCAGUGUGGAGGUCUUUGAUGCCACUCCUUGGAUGCGACCAAUGUCAGUACAGCUCCCAGUUGCAGGGCCACACAGUGAUCCAGCAUUGCAUCUGGUACUUUGUGGGCCCUUCACUGAGACCCUUGUGGAAAGGCCUAAAGACCUUAUAGGCCUGGGAACCUGAAUUUGCUGCCCCUGCCCUCCUCCCUCUCCAGCUGCCUCUCACUCAGGCAGGCAGGGCAGCUGGGCAAGGCAGUGAGGGGAUGCAUGUCCUGAUGCUGCCCUGACUCUGCCUACCCUUUGGCUAAAGACCUUCACAGCUGUGCCACCUCCUGCACCAGCAUUGCCCCCAUAGGGACUGCUUUGAUUUGUUGCUGAGGUGCCUCUCGUGAAGCCUUUGUGAGUCCCUGCAGAAUUUGCUUCCUCCAAAACAAGGCCGAUUCUUCUCUUGAUUCCUCCCACCCCUGUAGAGACUCUGCUUAUCUCAUUUUGAUGACACACCUUAGCUUUUUAACUGCUGCCAGAUUAAACUGACCAGUGCAGGACAGGAACUGUUACCUCCUUCAAGCAAACCUCUGCGCUCAAGUGAAGGGACAGCUGUAGUGCAGUACCCAUCUUCUGAGAGGCAUGUUUCAUGUGCAGAGGGCUGGAGUGACAGCUCCCCACCUCUCACUGGUGCUCUCAGGCUUCACUCAGUGCUCCUGAAAUGGGAGCUGCAGAGGUGCUUGGCCCAGGAGAAAAGUUGCUACCAGCCUACAGGUGCUGCAGGCUGCCUUUCCCCAGAGGGGGCCCAGGAGGUGGGAGCCAGGGAACAGAGAUGUCCUGCCAAUAUCGUUGCCUUCUAGUACUUUUGUAACUUUUCUCUCUGUCUUUUCUUUUUCAAUCAGAAGGAAAAAUAAAAAUAAUGAAAUAAAGUGUAACAGCUGCUAUA